AUGGAUCCCCUAUCGCUCAUUGCAAGUAUCAUUGCCAUCGUCGGCGCUGGUGGAUCGGUUGGCAAAGGUCUCAAAAAGCUCGCUUCAAUUCGUCAUGCUGAACGGGAUCUCGUCCUGCUACAGGACGAUGUUUCAGAUCUCCAACUUUUGGUCGGAAACGUCUCAGAAAUCAUUUUGGAAUUUGAGAAGACGACCAAGAGACCAUCAUACCAGAGAAUUGGUAGAGCAUUGGAAAGGACUAAGAGCACUAUAUUAGAUCUUGAGAAACUCAUUGUCUACAAUCUCACCACAAUCGCCGACAGCCACGGCAAACUGCGGAUUGAUCCAUGGGCUUGGAUCACACAUGAAGCAGCGCCUAGAACGGCAAUCGCAGCACGAGACUACGUUUCGGAGAAUCGAACAAUCCGUCAAAUCGACAAUAACACUAUCGGACCAUGA